AUUCAAAAUUCAUUACUUCAGUUUGAAGGAUGGGAAUUUGCUUUGAGCCCUGGACAAUUUAAUCUUAUUUCGAUCCUCCAAUUCCGUCGUACGAAAGAUGACUUCACGUACGAUAAGUGUGCUGAGCAUACUGAAAUAACUCUCAGCGAAGAUGGAAUGCUCAAAAUACGGGAUUGGACAAUGUCGAAACAACCACCUAAGCGGCCAGACACUGUCAGGCUAGUUAUGGAGACUCUCUGUCCUAGUGAUUUUCCAGCUCCAGAUGUCUCUUUUUUGUUUCUAAAACUCACAAUCAUUUUAUUUCCCAAGCGCCAAGCACAGCGAGAAGAUGUUAAAUUGUUCUGGAUUAUUAUUGAUAACGAAAAAGUCGACUUAGAUAGACGUUUGUUGAAAAAUAGGUUGGAGCAAUCCAAGGCCCAGUUUGCUGUUGAUCGUUAUGUGUCAGGGAAUGAAGCUCAUAUGAUCGCAGACAAGGAAAAAUUAAAUUAUAUGUUGGCCCUUGAUGUUCUCACAACACCACCACCCGGUACUUUUCUCACAACACAACCACCACCCGAUACUUUUCUCACAACACCACCACCACCCGAUACUUCUCUCACAACACCACCAUCCGAUACGCCACGAACACCAGAACACCAAAUUUAUCAAAAACAAGAUGACUAUUCCGAAUCAUUCGCUUCAUCUGAAGGACAAUCUCAUGGAUUUCUUUCUUCGGAUAUUUCGGACGAUUUGGUCGAUUUGAGUAAUUCAAUUAAGUCAAAUGAUCAUGACAACGACGAAGAUGAGUUCGGCGUAAAAGAUAAGGUUCUUUUCAAGCAGAGAUUUGAAGCGUUGGACAACUCGAGGAAAUGGAAAUUGAAGUCGGGAAGAUUUGUUGAAGAUGUGCUUUACGAGCUUGGGAUGCAAUGCCGAUACCAUAAUCUUGUUCACUCUUUUAUCAUCGAUACUGAGGAUAUCUUUAUUAAGAAUGAAUUUUCAGAAGAGGAAUUAUCCGAAAUUGUUGAAAAAAAGAAAGAACAAAGUAUACCGGAAAUCGACGAAGAGAUUCUUGAAUACAUCAACACAUUUGCCAAGAUUAUUAACAUACCAAUAUUGUACAGGGUUCGAAUACUUGAGAUGGAACCUAAUCCUCUCACUAUGGACAUGCCAGAAGCAUGGCACCGAAUCAAUGUCUGGCGAACGAUCGAUAUAAUGUUUUCCGAUACACCUUAUGUCUAUGUUGUUGGAGGUGAAAAGGCCGGGUUGGCCUGUUCAGAACGAAAAAACCGAUACAGAACUUUAGCAAAUAUAGGACCAACCCAGCGAAAAAAAACCGGUAAAAAGGGAGAUGCAUAUGUCAGGACGAUUGGUUCAACAUCAACCGAUUGGGCGGGGUCAGAAGCUGGACAUAAAUGGGAUGGUCCACACGGCACCAAAUUAAUGAAAGAGUCUGGUCUUAGUUUACCGAGAACUCUUAAGGAUAUUUUCGUCCAUCUCGCUGACAAGAUUGGUUUCGAAGAACAAAAAAUGAGAAAGCUGAACAUAAUUGGCUUUGUUCAUGCAGGUGCGGUGUUGAUGAGGGUCAGUCUUGAUUGCCCGGCCGGGUACAUUUGCCGGUACAGCAGGAGAAAUCUACUAGAAGUCUACGCGGAUGUAAGCAACUUCGGAAAAUCUUUAGACGUGUUAGUUGAAAUAAUCCAAGCAAAGAUUGUGAAUGAUCUAGACAAUAAUAGUAAUGUUUCAAGGUGGAAACAGCAGAUGAAAUCAAAUUCAAAACGAUCUCUUGAUAUGCCUGAUGUCCAUCCAACACCAAAGAAACGUAAAGACAAAGAAAAGGGAAAAAGGGAAGUCAAGACUGAUUCACAUAUUAAUUAUGAUCUUCCUAGAAUGCGUGGGAAUGAGACUCCAUCAGAUUGGAAAGAUCGAAUUUGGGACACAUUAAUGUGUAAUGUUUGGUUCGGAGUAAAUAUAGGAAUAUGCUAUUCUUGUAAUCAGCUCGUCUUUUCCAAAUUAGGAAGCGGGUAUGAGUAUUUCCAUGCAUUCUUUAUGGAUAAGCAUUGGCAUACAAAUUGUACUGGAAAUGAAUAUUGUGAUAUGAGCUUCGAAGACUACAAGAAGCUGAAAAAUAAUCCUCCACCUUGCUAUUUCACAAAGAAGGCAAUCCGUCGAUAUGAGAUGUGGUUGGAAAAUGUAUCAAAUAGGAUUAGACGUAUCAGGCAAAAGCAUAAGGUGCAAACCUGUUCAAUAUCAGAGUUACUAUCCCAAAGAGAAUCUUGGAUGAAUAAGCCACGUUCAUUAACCCCUCCUCCUUUGCCACCAAAACCUGUUGCAUUAAUGGGCGGUCUUGAGAGAUACCCUAUGCGACGUAGUGUAAGUGCACCUGAAAUUUCGGCCUAUAGAUUUGAGAGAAGCCGUAUCUUGAUUGAUGCUGAGGAAUAUUUUAAUUCUGUUCAAAAUAAUGCAAAUAGGAGAUAA